AUGUGGACAGUGAUCGCUUGGCUUGCAACAUAUGUUCUGACGUUCCAAACUGGCAUAACUGGCCCCGCAAUAAAAACGCCAAAUACGAUAGUAAAUAUCGAACAGACUGGAUCUAAUGAUUAUUGGGGAAUGAUGUCCACAUUUUCGGUUCUUGAAAUAUUGAAGGCUAGAGUUUAUGAUUUGGAAACGAUGUUAAAAAGGGUUACAGAGAUGGAAAAUGCAACAGGAAAGCAAGCAUCUAUUCUUUAUAUUAUGGAUUUAAAUGGCUUAAAAUAUGAUAAACGAUUGCUAUAUAUUCUUUCGGGAUCCUUAGGCGCUAUAUCAUCAUUUAUGGCUGAGCAUUAUGUGGAAAUGAUUUAUCGCUUUGUUGUUGUUAAUGUUCCUUCGUUUCUUGCAACAUUGUGGGGAAUAAUUAAGCCCGCUUUACCAGAAAGAACUCGAAAUAAAAUUCAAAUAUUAGGAUCGAAUUGGAAGGAAGAAAUUUUACAGUUAGCAGUUCCCGAUGUAUUACCGUCAUAUUGGAAUGAAGGUGCACAUAAUAUUUUUAAAGCAAAUAUUGAACGCGCAUUGAAUGUAAAUAUUGAAAAAUACUAUAAGCAGGAAAUAAGAAAAGAAGCAAAAAUUUUAAAUGUAUCAGCUGGAAAAAUAGCAAAUACAAUUAUAAAAGUUGAAAAAGGAUCAAUUCUGCAGUGGUGGAUUAUUACUGAUGGCAAUUUUGGAUUUUCCUUAUUCCACUUGAAUGAUGCUAAUAGUGAUACGGAGAAGAGUGUUUACCCGACGUUUAAAAAGAUACCGGGUCCAAUGUUGGUUCCAAUAGAGGACAAAAUUUUAUGCGAAGAAGAUGGAUAUUAUAAGUUCGAGUUCAAUAAUGAACAUGCAUGGAUUCAUACUUUAAAAGUCAACUAUAUUAUCAUUGCUAAACCGUGA